UAUAAACACAUAAUGCUGCCCCUUUUUGCAAAUUAUGUUAUGAGUCCCGUUUAAAUAGUCUAUCGCCAUACUUGACACAAUUCUAGAUUCCGUUUUAUCCCGGCAAUCAAAUACGAGAUUGAGAACCACGUUCUUUUAUUAACUCAACCAACGAAGCAGUCUAAUCUUGACUUUGAAUUUUGAUUUACAGAAAAUGCAAGAUCAAAGUGACGAUGACGAUGAUUUGACUAAAGAUAUGUUUAAAACCAGUGUGCUUCGCCAAGCCUAUGGGGACGCCUGUCUUAAGCUUGUAGUUAGGAAAUGUCAUCGGGCAUGCAAAAAUACUCUGAAAGGCUCCUGUAGAACGUUCCAAUGUAGGAGUGAAGUAAAGUCGUGUUUCAAAAAACGCUACAAAACUGCUUGCGAAAAAGUAUUUGAAGGCACUCCAGACAUUAGCUUGCGUAAAAUAAACUCCGAUGGUCCUCAUGUGGAUAUAACAAGAGAAGGUUACCUAUCAGUAGCCUGUCAACCACAGACUGGUAUUGGACUGCCAGCACUUAGACGAAACCUAGUCCCAAACAAGGGAACAAUAAUUGCAAAUAAUUCAAUGGGAAAUGAUAUCGAACUAAACAUAUUACGAGAUCGAUACGAGAAAGCCUGCCAGAGACUCUCCCGGGGCAAAUGCACCACAGCUUGUAACUACGCUCAUAAUGCCACGUGUGUCAAGUUCGAGUGUGAAAAGAAGUUAAAGAAGAGUUUUAAAAGAAAUUGUAAGGCUCAAUGUAAGAGGGCUUACACUAGUACUUCAAAGAAGCAGAAAGGCAGUGAUAGUGAUGGUGAUAGUGAUGAUUCAGGGUCUGACGAUUCAAGUGAAUCGGAUGAUGAUUAGUCGGCAAAUUGGAAGAUUAAAUAUCUCACUGCCGUACUCAGUCAUUUAGUGUGGGAGAGCCAUGCUUCGGCACGAAAGGGCCGGCUUAACCGAAGUGAUACCACGGCCUCACAG